UGAGACUCCCCGUAAAAUGGCUCCAGGUGCCCGACACCCAACCUUUGUUCCUCCUAAGAACAAACCGCACGUUUCACGGAAGGGCUCCUACAUGGCUUCCAUGCCUUCCUCUCCCAACAGGUGGUCUGAGCCCCUGUCCGGGGACCUGUGCCAAUGACCCUAGUGGUGGUUUCGCUUUCUUCUCUCACGGCGGUGUGAACGUGUGUCCGCAGCGUGAUGGGCAACCAGGUGGAGAAACUGACCCACCUAAGUUAUAAGGAAGUUCCCACCGCCGACCCGACGGGCGUGGACCGGGACGACGGGCCCCGCAUCGGGGUCUCCUACAUCUUCUCCAAUGACGACGAGGACGGGGAGCCGCAGCCGCCGCCCCAGGGGCCGGAUGGCGGUGGCGGCGGUUUGCCCGACGGCGGGGACGGGCUGCCGCUGCCCUCGCCGCAGCCCUAUGACCCGCGGCUGCACGAGGUGGAGUGCUCCGUGUUCUACCGCGAAGAGUGCAUCUACCAGAAAAGCUUCGCGCCGGGCUCCGCGGCGCUGAGCACCUACACGCCCGAGAACCUGCUCAACAAGUGCAGGCCUGGCGACCUGGUGGAGUUCGUGUCGCAGGCGCAGUACCCGCACUGGGCCGUCUACGUGGGCAACUUCCAGGUGGUGCAUUUGCACCGGCUGGAGGUGAGCAACAGCUUCCUGACGGACGCCAGCCAGGGCCGGCGCGGCCGCGUGGUGAACGAUCUAUACCGCUACAAGCCGCUGAGCCCCAGCGCCGUGGUGCGCAACGCGCUGGCGCACGUGGGCGCCAAGGAGCGCGAGCUGAGCUGGCGCAACUCCGAGAGCUUCGCCGCCUGGUGCCGCUACGGCAAGCGCGAGUUCAAGAUCGGCGGCGAGCUGCGCAUCGGUAAGCAGCCCUACCGGCUGCAGAUCCAGCUCUCUGCGCAGCGCAGCCACACGCUCGAGUUCCAGAGCCUGGAGGACCUGAUCAUGGAGAAGCGGCGCAACGACCAGAUCGGUCGCGCCGCGGUGCUGCAGGAGCUCGCCACGCACCUGCACCCCGCCGAGCCGGACGUAGGCGACAGCGACGCCGCGCGGACUACGCCGCCUCCCGGGCGCCCCUCCGCGCCCGCCCGGGAGGAGGGGGACCGAGAGGCGGUGGUUCACUGACGGGCGAGCUGAGAGCGGAGCUGUGUGAGGGAGCUGUUUGUAGCCGCCGCCGCUCCCUCCCUCCUCCACCACCUUCUGGGCCCCAUCUGGGCUCCUGGGCCAUGUGGAAAACGGAGAGUUGGCGAAAAGCGCAGCCAGCUGUGGCUUGAGUUUGUUAUCUUGCACGGAGGAGGAGGAGGAGGAGGGAGCAGGCAGGAGCACUCGGCCGGCCGGGGCGCUUCUCGGCUUCUUGCCCGCCGGCUCAGUCUGCCUUCCUUUUCCGAGGUGAGGCGCACUGUGCACUUGCCGGACGCUUAAUCCUUGCUGGACUUGGGUCCCGAAAUCGACGCCUCUUAUACACUUAGGGGUGGAGAAAAGUUCAGAGUACCAGUGCCUGCUGUUGCCUUCCGCCCGCUUCCCCUCCUACCAUGGGCUUGGAGGAUGCCCUGUAGUAAAGCCAGAGCAGGUCUGUGGUGGUGCUACCUCCAAAGAGCAGUGUGAGGGGUCUGGGAAGCUGGGGUGAUUUAUCUUGUGUUUUUUCUGGGGUGCAAGGCUGGUAAAACCAGGACCAGGUCUGGGAGCUGCAGACUGAAAUCAAGCAGCCCCCUGUGAAGUGUAACAAAUAGUUGAGUACACUUGGGCUACAAAGCAAAGAUUUUGCUACUUGCCCCCUUCCCAUCCCCAAGCGAUCUGUUUUCUGGAGCUGGCUUCCAGCUGAGUCUCCUGGGCCAUCGCCACUUCCCAGGUUACCUGUAAAUCGUUGUCAGGGGCCAGCUAAAGGAAGGAUUCAGGUUUGGUUCUGUUCUGCUGCCUUUGUUUCUCGCUUGCUAUUGUAGGCACUUAGAGCUGCGGUAUUUGUUAUCAAAGGAGGGAAUAGCCCUUUGUGUCUCUGAUCUAAUUAAGCCUGCUUGGCCAUCCAUGUUCAUCCCCAAGUCACACGGGAGGUUGGCUGCUGCCACCCCAUAAGGUAUCCACUACAGAAACAGCCAAACAGGGUUGCCCUGGCAGGAAUCAGUCAGUUUCCUGUCCAUUUCCCCACCUGUCUCUCUUCCUGAAUAGUGAAGGUAACUUUUUUUUUUUUUUUUUUUAAUUUAAGGCUUUGGUGUGGUGGUCCUGUGAAUUUUUGUUUUCCUUCACUGCCUCAUCCCCCUCACUCAGUUUUGUUUCGCUGGUGGUAAAAUCUUAGGCUUGAGGCAUAUUUCAGUGAUAGUUGUUUAUUUUGCUAGCCACACUCGAUGCAACUUAAUUCAAGAUGUAAAGUCUUGUUAUAUUUCUGCAGUCUUCUUGUCGCUUGGAGAACACUCCUUCAGAAUGCUUUCUCAGUGAAGAGGGGUGACAGCAAUCAUAAAUAAAUGCAACCUGGUGUAGUCAGCGCCAGAUCUGGUGACAGUACUGAAGCAUGGAUUGGUGAUUGUGGGAUCUGUCCGAAGCAGGAUGGCUGACACUAUUUGAAUCUGCUGCUGUGUUUGCUUUACUCUGAGGCUUUAAAAAAUGUGUACAAUCUGUCCUUUGUUUUCAUGUGAGCUCUUUAAUGAUGUGUGCCCUUGAUUUCAGAGUCCUCUGCUGCACAUUGGCAUUGCUAAUGCUGUCUCAAAAGUUAAGUAAAGUUUCUUUUUUUUCUCUUGGGAAUCAUUAUAGAUUACACUGAACAGGUCAUUUUGUGACCCAAUUCUUACAGCUGGAGUAGACUCAUACUUGAGUGUUCUACAGUGGUGGCCAUCCUCAGGCCUCCUGCCUAGAGAUCUUUAAAUCAAGGCAGCAAAACUUGAAGGAUUUCCUUGUACACGUACU